UACUUUGCUGAUAGAUCGUCCGGUGCUAUUCAGUCGGUUGAUUAUGACGGAGAGUCAAGGAAAGUAGAAGACGUUAAACCGGGCGCCCUCUAUUUUGACAUGGAUAUAUUUCAGGAUUUCUUGGUUUGGACAGAAUGGCCACCAAACAAUGGCCUGCAUGUUAUGAAUAGAGAGACGGGAGAGUUUGUGCGUUCUCUGCCUUACACUGGAAAAGCGUUUGGAAUUAGCACUCUAGAUGCUACACGACAACCCGAUGGCGACAGCCCGUGUAUGAUCAACAACGGUGGCUGUGAUCAAAUCUGCAUUCCAGGAUUGGGUGCCGACACAACUUGUCUUUGUUCUGUAGGCUACACAUUAGGAGAAGACGGUGAAUGUGAAAAUAAUAUUGUUGAAGACAACUUCUUAUUGAUGGCUGACUCAGGACUUAAGACUAUUUUUCAAGUCGACUUAAGCAAUGACAGAGAUUACGCUUACACGGCGCUGCCAAUGGGCCCUUUCCAGAACCCGGUUGCAGUUGGAUUUGAUCCAGUCGAUAAACAGGUGUAUGUUAGUGACGUCGAUGCCCAUCGGAUACUGAGAUCAUCACUUGCUGCCAAAGAUUACAUAGUUAUUCAUGACAAUGUACAUGUUCCUGAUGGUUUAGCGGUAGACCAUAUCAACAGAUUGUUGUUCUGGACCGAUGGCAUUAAUGGCACCAUUCGAGUGUCUACAUUAAAUGGUACAAACAGCAAGAUUCUAAUUGAUACUGGCAUAGAAAAACCAAGGGCUAUCACCAUUGAUCCAGUGAGAGGAUUCCUUUUCUGGACUGACUGGGGAACUACUCCAAAGAUUGAAUGUUCAUGGAUGGAUGGGACUAACCGGCGUGUUCUUGUUGAUACGGAAAUUGGUUGGCCUAACGGACUGGCAAUAGACACUAAUGAUCAGUCAAUUUAUUGGUGUGAUGCUAGAACCGACAGAAUUGAAAUGAUAAAAUUUGAUGGUUCGCAACGUACAUUGAUUAAGCAACUUAAGGUCGCCGUACAUACCCAUAGCCUCUUGGUCAGCGAUCAAUAUAUUUACUUUACGAACUGGAACGAAAAAAGUCUAAUGCGCAUGAGCAAAGCUGUAGGAAGCGAACCGGUUACGAUCGGAGCCGCUGACUUUGGGAGACUAAAUGGCCUGGCAUUGUUCAAUUCAGACGACGUUCAAAAUGGUGAAACAUUUUGCACUAUACAUAAUGGUGGAUGUAGUAAACUCUGCCUAGCAAUACCUAAAGGACGAAAGUGCGCCUGUCCCACAGGAAGUACCCUUGAUGGCAUGUCCUGUAUACAGGUGGGAAAUUCAGAAUUAAAGUGCCCUGUUGCAAUACCAAAUGGAAGAACUACAGGUUGUGACAGAUCUCCUGGUUCAACGUGCUCAAUAGUUUGUUCAGCUGGUUAUAGAACUAUCUCGAUCAACAAGGUUACUUGCCUUCCAUCAGGGGAAUGGGGUGGUUUUAUAGAACUUCUUUGCAUUGAAAUACUUUGUCCACGUUUGCGAACUCCAGAAAACACUGAGGGUGGCUGCAUUUUUUUGAGUAAACCCGGAGAAGCCUGUAACUUCCAAUGUUCUGAGGGAUAUAUGAGGGUAAUCGGUGACGAGACUCGUACGUGUCAACUCGAUGCGAGAUGGUCUGGCGACGAUUUAGUAUGCCAUGAUACUACUUGUCCAGCGUUGGUUAUGCCAGAUUUUAGUGUAACUGUUCACUGUCCUCAUCCAUCCACAUUCCGAUCAAUAUGCACGUUUCGAUGUCAACCCGGAAGUGAUCAAGUCAGUGGCGACCAAGUUAGGGUGUGCCAGUCCGAUGGAUCCUGGUCCGGGCAAGAGCUUACCUGCUCAGCUAUGCAAAGAAGAUGUCCAGAGUUGACAGUUCUUCCAGGUGUUGAAGAAGUACUGUGCUUAGACCCAGUUCCUAAUGCGGUUUGCAUAUUCCAAUGUAGAGACGGUCACUUGAAAGUUGCAGGAACUCUUCAUCGUAUCUGUCAGCAAGAUGGAACGUGGUCAGGCAGUCAACUGAUAUGUCAAGAGAUAAAUAUACAACUAAAGUUUCUAGAUUUUCCACAAAAUCAAUCGGCGGAGGUAGGAGAACUGUUGACAGAGACAUGCACUGUGAGCGACCCCUCGGCGCAGGUCGCCUGGUUGAGAGAUGGUGAAGUUCUCCAGGAAGGUAUUCCAACCGACGGCAUACUCGCCCUUCCACAAGGAAUUUUACUCAUAUCGUCGGUGACCUUCAGACAUCAAGGGAUAUAUACCUGUCGUGCUACUGGAGUAGACAAUAUCAGCAUAGAGCAGACCAUGUUUAUAGAUGUGACGGUCGGUGAUCUCUUAUCUACAAAGCCAAGUAACGUCACACUAAACCGUGGCGAUACCCACACUUUCAACUGUUCUCUGUCAGACGACUCAUAUUCUAUAAAGUGGGAGAAGAAUGAUGAUAUCAUAAAAUCAGACGAACAUACACUAACGUUGCCAGAUGGGAGAUUGAUCGUCAAUAAAAUCACUACUGAGGAUGCCGGUAGAUAUGCAUGCAUAGUAAUGGCAGACGGUGUGAUCCGGGUCCAAGAAGCGUUUGCUUUUCUUAAUAUUAUGAAGCAGUCUAAUGGAUGUGGAAUUGUCACAUCAACCGAUGCUAUUGCAGAUCAGGAAGAUCGGGAGGACGAUAGUUUUCGGAUUGUGAACGGAAAAGAUGCUGUUAGAGGUUCAGCACCAUGGAUGGUACGUUUAUACCACUUCAGACAAAAGAAGCAUUUCUGUGGAGGCAAUAUUCUAAACUCUGAAUGGAUAGUGACGGCGGCACAUUGUAUGAAUAGUCUGUUCAAAGUCAAAAAGAGAAAUACCCUCAUUCGCGUGGCUGACUAUGACUCUCUUUAUAGAGAGUCUGAAGAAAAGUUUUACAAAAUUAAGAAGAUCCUCAUUCACGAGGAUUUUGACAGUGAUAGCUUCAACGCAGAUAUUGCAAUGAUUAAACUGGGAACGCCGAUAUUAAAUUUUACUGAUUACGUGAGGCCUAUAUGUCUACCGACACAAAAUAUAACUGCAAACAUUUUCAAACCUCGCCGUCUUGGUCGUGUAAACGGAUGGGGGUAUCUAAGAGAAGCUGGCCCGAUACCACAAUAUAUGAAUGAGGUUUAUGUACCCGUGGUCGGCCACAGAAAGUGCGUAUCAUCUACAAAAAAUACAGUGACAAGUACAAUGUUCUGUGCUGGCUAUGAACGCGAAACGAGUGACGCCUGUCAGGGAGACAGCGGGGGGCCAUUCUCCAUUUUGCACGAAGGAAGAUGGUAUUUGUUCGGGUUAGUAAGUUGGGGCGAAGGAUGUGGACGACAAGAUAAAUAUGGUUUCUACACAAAAGUUCCAACCUUCCUCGAUUGGAUUAAUAAUGUUAUAGCGAUAGGAUAAAUCUUAUCCGCACUGCGCACUGAUCGCCACGCAAGUGUCAUUUUUUGGCUGUAGUUGUAAUAGUGAAAUUGGAUAUGGAAUGGUGCGAAUUUGUAGGCGUCAGACUUUUAAAACCAAACAUCUUUCCCCACUUUUUAGAAAACAUUUGUUUCUAGAUGCUCGGAGGUGCUUUCUUCGCCAAUCUAGGGUAGUAUGUUUACAACUUAUAAUUUGUACAGAAACAUUUUUUCCUUGAGAAUACAUAAUAUAUCAGGUCGCCAACAUUAACCGACGCUCGUCAAUAUUCAUAUAAACCAAUAUCAAUAAAUUUAUAUAUGAUAUUAAUAAUUAUAUUAUAUAUAUAUCGCAUAUAUUCAUCUAAUGUAAAAUGCUCAGGGCGCUUGAUAUGUGGACUUUCUUCUCCCCUAAGGGUCCCUUCGUGUCUGUGUCACCCGGUACCAGGAACUCUCGUCGUCCACUACAUGGGCUGUCUUUUCCAGUACACCGGGGUAUCCCCUACUCGUCUCGAAGGAUGUACUGGGUUCUUUAUAGUGCACACGAGCCAUUGUAUGCAUGGCCUACGGUUUCAAAAGGAAAGAAGGG